AUGCAGAUCUUCGUAAAGACUCUGACGGGCAAGACUAUCACACUGGAUGUCGAGGCCUCUGACACCAUCGACAACGUGAAGGCCAAGAUCCAAGACAAGGAAGGUAUCCCCCCUGACCAGCAGCGGCUCAUUUUUGCGGGGAAGCAGCUCGAGGAUGGCCGUACCUUGUCGGACUACAAUAUCCAGAAGGAGUCCACGUUGCACUUGGUGCUUCGCCUGCGCGGUGGCCACUGUCAGGUACCCUGCGGCAUUUUUGAUGAUCCCAAGCUCGUGGCCGACAUGAAAGAAGCAGCUGCCACCAUCAAGAAGGCCAUGGUGCAGAUCGGGGAGCUAUCAGCUAACAUGACGCCGUUGAACAUCAACCAGAUGACGCGCUGGGUGAAUACAAAGGAAGAGCAUGCUGGCAAGAUCAUCAGCUUGGUGUCAGAAUACUGCCUUUGCCAGCGGGUGAAGCCGGUAAGUGAUCCAAAGACACCGUUUUCGAGCGAGGCGGAUUUCAUCGCAGCCCUUCAAUGCCACCACCAGGUGAUGUUAGCGGCUGUGAAGUGCAAGCAGAAUGUGGACCCGGCAUUGGCCGAUGCCCUCGAUGCGGCUGUCGUUGAGAUGGGCAAAAUGCGCCCCAGUACAUCAAAUGAUGCCACUUCUGAAGUACUGCCUUUGCAGCACCCGCACGCUUGCCUGGGUGAGGGCAAGCAGUCAGAGGUCCUCUAUCCUCGCGAAGAGGGCGACGGGCCGUUCAGCUUGCCUCGGCCACAGGGGCAAGUGGAGGCCGCAUGUGGCACCGGUGAGCAUGACGCCUUUGACGGGCAUUGCACAGGCUUGGUGCCGGCGGCAACUCCUCGCAGUGGAAACGGCCGCGUGCGAGCAACGGCAUCAUGCCGGCUACCUCGAGCAUCCAGCUCUAUCGCGAUAGAGGCCAGGGACGCAAGCCCGGACUCGACAUCGUUCAGGUGUGGACUUCCGCCGCUACCGAGGGUGGACUCUGCCCAGACGAUCUCUCGACCUGAAUCACAACAAGGUCGAACCCGAUCAAUCUUGCGGACAUCGCGAUCACGAGAAAGGUCGAACUCUCAGAGCAAGCGAGUUUCGUUUUCCGGCGACUGCAAGCCUGCGCCCCCUGCUUCCAUCGAUGAUUUGAUUCACCAGUGCAAAGCACCUCCAGAAGAGCUCAGCGUACCAGCGCCAGUCCUGCUCGAGCUGACCAACACAGGCAAGUCAAGAAUGUCCAUUCAUCUUCAUGUGCUUCCGCCAGCUGUCGUCGGGCUGCGAGCUACACUACUGAUUCGUUGGUUUGGCAUCGGGUGCAGCAGCUGUUUGUCCAUUUCCAUCGGCAAGCGAAUGGCUUUUCGACACCUCGCGAUCUUUGCGGUGAUUCUGGCCAAAGCAGAGCCAGAAGUUUGCGAG